CUGAGACGAUGAGCGGCCCAUGCGCUCCUCUGCGCGGCUUAUCCGGCACGGUCCACUCAAAGAACUUAAACUCCGGCGGCCAACACGCGAUUCUGUCGGAUAUUGGCGUGCUGGGAUUUGUUCCUGGGAAGUUUUAAUUGUGUUUAAACCCGUCAAUUGCCCCGCUGUGUGCUUUUUUCUUGAAGAAUACAGUGUGCUUUUUCUUGAAGAGUACAGGGUUGGAAGAGAUUGAAGGACUGUGAAUAUAGAGAUGUCUGAGCCGACGAAGAUCAAAAGAGUUGCUGUCAUUGGUGCCGGGGCAAGUGGACUAGCAGCAGCCAAGGCGUUGGUAGAAGAGCAAGCUUUUGACGAGAUCAAGAUAUUCGAGCGGAAUGCGGUGGCAGGCGGGUUGUGGAAUUACAAUGAUUUCACUGAUAAAGAGAUAACGGUGCCGUCGUUGGACACGGAGGCGCAGUUCGCGCCGGCGAAGGAUGGGGAGGGGAAGGUGGUUGGGUGGCCUACUGCUGCGUAUGAUAGUUUGACCACGAACGUUCCGGGAGAAAUUAUGAUGUAUCUCAACCCAGCAUUCAAAAGAGAAGGAACGCUAUUUCUGUUUCGACAACAUGUCGCGGAUUUUCUACAGACCUUUGCUGAUCAAGAGGGGAUCCAGAGUCUGAUCAGAUACAACACGAAUGUUGUGGAUGUUCGGAAAGUCGAUGGUGAAUGGAUAAUCACCUACGUCGACGCUGGAUCUUCAAUUGAGCAGAAAGAGAAGUUUGAUGCGGUAGUGGUGGCGUCAGGGUACUUUAAUGUUCCGUUCAUACCAAAAGUCAAGGGAUUGGAAGAGUACAGCAAGAACUUCCCCGGUCGGGUGACGCAUGCAAAGGCGUUUCGAAAGCCGGACGAGUACAUCGGUAAGACGGUGUUGGUGGUCGGAAACGCGGCGAGCGGGACUGAUAUCGCGAAUCAGCUUGUGCUGGUUACGGGGAAGCAGAUAUACAAGUCUGUUAGGAGCGAGUCGACUGCGCCGGGAGAGCCGGACAGCCGGAUUGCUGAGAUUGGCGAGGUUGUGGAGUAUAAGCCUGAUGGGAGUAUUGUGGUUGCGGACGGACAGGUGUUGACGGAUAUCGAUGCGGUUAUAUAUGCAACUGGAUAUCUGCGGACUCUGCCGUUUCUCUCAGAGAUCAACAAGAGCGACCACCCUUUGAUUACAGAUGGCGCUUUUGUUCACAGUCUGUAUUUACACUUUAUCUACACCCAAGACCCGACUCUAGCACUACUUGGAACUCUACGGUUUGUUCUGCCGUUUCGAGUAUCGCAAGCGCAAGCGUGCUAUAUAGCCCGCGUGUGGUCCGGUCGACUGGGGUUACCGCCCAAGGCGAUCAUGGAGCACUAUGUCUGGAAGCGGUUCCAGGAGGUGGGUAACUCGUCGUCGUUCCACGACUGGAUGUAUCCACUAGACGCUGAUUUCUGCGAAUGGGUGUACGCGCUCUGCAAGCUGGUUGAUCCGGAGGAAAAGAAAGGGUACUUCCCGCGGCGGUGGCCGGCUAGCGAGCGCACGAUACGGAAGGGCGCAGGGAAGCUGAAGACGGCGUUUACAAAGUGUCUGGUGGACAAGGAUAGACUGGCGGUUGAUCUCGACGAGCUGCGCCGGGAGGGGUAUUUUGAGGGGGAGCUGGAGGCGGACGAGGAUGAGCCUGAUUUUAGUAAGUUUGGGAAGGUAGUUGCUGGGCCGGAGGGGUAUACGGAGGAGGAGGUUUUGGAGGCGGUGGCAGAGAUGAGCAAGAGCGGGUAGAUAGAAGAUAGAAUAGAAGUAGUCAUAGCAG